UCGACUUCAGGAGUACCGGCGCAAACAUCUCCAUGGACUUUACUUUGAAUCUGAACAAAAAUACGUGAUCAUUUCAAAUAAAUUCACUUAGCGAGGACUACAUACAGAAGUAUACUUGCCUCCGCUUUACAUAACAGUGGUCAUGGAUGCUGAAGGUUUUGGUGAGCUGCUGCAGCAGGCAGAACAGCUUGCGGCUGAGACAGAAGCUGUGUCUGAGUUGCCACAUGUUGAGAGGAACCUUCAGGAGAUCCAGCAAGCUGGAGAGAGACUUCGAUCUCGCACCCUGACCCGCACAUCCCAAGAUGCAGCAGAUGUAAAAGCGUCAAUCCUCCUUGGUUCAAGAGGUUUGGACAUCUUUCAUAUUUCUCAGAGGCUGGAAAGUCUAAGUGCUGCUACCACCUUUGAGCCCCUAGAGCCAGUCAAAGACACGGACAUACAGGGCUUCCUGAAGAACGAGAGGGACAACGCCCUCCUGUCAGCCAUCGAAGAGUCUCGCCGCAGGACUUUUCUGUUGGCUGAAGAGUACCAUCGUGAGUCCAUGCUGGUUCAAUGGGAGCAGGUGAAGCAGAGAGUGCUGCACACUUUACUCGGAGCCGGAGAAGAUGCUCUGGACUUCAGCCAAGAUGUUGAGCCAAGCUUUGUGAGUGAAGUGACCACUCCAGGGAGGAGUGCGUUGGACAGCGUGGAGGUGGCCUAUGGACGACAGAUCUACAUUUUCAAUGAGAAGAUAGUCAAUGGGCAUAUUCAACCUAAUCUGGGAGAUUUAUGUGCGUCUGUCGCAGAAAGCCUGGAUGACAAGAACGUAUCUGACAUGUGGCUGUUGGUGAAGCAGAUGACAGAUGUGUUGUUGGUUCCAGCUAAAGACACCCUCAAGAGUCGCACUUCAGUUGAAAUGCAGAUGGCUUUUGUACGCCAGGGGCUCAACUUCCUGGAGAACAGCUAUAAAAACUACACCAUGGUGACCGUCUUUGGGAACCUCCAUCAGGCCCAUCUGGGAGGCGUGCCGGGAACAUACCAGUUAGUCCGCAGCUUCCUCAACAUCAAACUUCCAGGGCCUUUACCUGGCAUGCAGGAUGGUGAGAUCGAGGGCCACCCGGUGUGGGCAGUGAUCUACUACUGUCUGCGUUGUGGUGACCUGAAUGCAGCCAUGCAGGUGGUGAACAGAGUGCAACAUCAGCUGGGAGACUUCAAGAGCUGGUUUCAGGAGUACAUGAACAGUCCUGAUAGACGCCUUUCUCCAACUUCAGAGAACAAGCUUCGUCUUCACUAUCGCAGAGUGCUGAGGAACAGCGCCGACCCCUACAAGAGAGCCGUCUACUGCAUGAUUGGGAAAUGUGACAUCACUGAUAACCACGGAGAGGUGGCUGAUAAGACAGAGGACUAUCUCUGGCUUAAGUUGAACCAGGUGUGUUUUGACGACAAUGACAGCAGUGCUCCUCAGGACAGGCUCACUCUCCCACAGUUACAGAAGCAGCUGCUGGAAGAUUAUGGAGAGUCCCAUUUCUCCGCGAGGCAGCAGCCCUUCCUGUACUUCCAGGUAUUGUUUCUGACAGCUCAGUUUGAGGCGGCGGUGGCCUUCUUGUUUCGCGUGGAGAGACUUCGCAGUCAUGCCGUGCACGUGGCGUUGGUGCUGUACGAGCUCCGGCUGCUGCUGAAGUCGUCCGGCCAGAGCGCUCAGCUGUUGAGUCAGGAGCCCGGUGACCCUCCAAUGGUGCGUCGCCUCAACUUUAUUCGUCUGCUCAUGCUUUACACUCGGAAGUUUGAAUCCACUGAUCCACGGGAAGCCCUGCAGUACUUCUACUUCCUGCGCAAUGAAAAAGACAAUCAGGGAGAGAACAUGUUCAUGCGUUGUGUCAGUGAACUUGUGAUCGAGAGUCGAGAGUUUGACAUGCUGUUGGGAAGAUUAGAGAAGGAUGGCAGUAGGAAACCUGGCGUCAUCGAUAAGUUUGCCGGAGACACGAGAGCGAUCAUCAGUAAAGUGGCUCUGGAGGCUGAGAACAAAGGCUUGUUCGAGGAGGCGGUCAGACUAUACGAACUGGCUAGGAACCCAGAUAAGGUGUUGGAGCUGAUGAACAAGCUCUUGAGUCCGGUCAUCGCCCAGGUCAGUGCCCCUCAGUCCAACAAGGAGAGGCUAAAAAACACUGCAGUGGCUAUCGCUGAGAGGUAUCGUUCUCAGGGGUUAGCAGGAGAGAAGUCGGUCGAUAGCACUUUCUACCUGCUGUUAGACCUGAUGACAUUCUUCGACGAGUACCACGCGGGUCAGGUCGACAGAGCUUACGAUGUGAUGGAGCGUUUGAAGCUGCUUCCUCUCAGUCAGGACAGCGUGGAGGAGAGAGUCGCUGCCUUCAGGAACUUCAGUGAUGAGGUACGUCACAACCUGUCUGAAGUGCUUUUGGCCACCAUGAACAUCCUCUUCACCCAGUACAAACGCCUGAAGGGGACGCCAGCAGGCACACCAGGACGCCCACAGAGGACCAUCGAGGACAGUGAUGUGCAACUGCGCAGCCAGGCCCGAGCGCUGAUCACUUUUGCUGGCAUGAUUCCCUACAACAUGGCCGGGGACACCAACGCACGGCUGGUGCAGAUGGAAUUACUGAUGAACUGACACGCCGUCUACACUCAAGCCGUCACACACACCGACACACACUUAUCCCCCAGCAAACGUUUGGAUGAUGAAGUCGUUCACACACACAGUUUUGUACAGACCGCUGUGUUCAUUGUUGUGUGAACAGUUUCUUUGUUUCAUCCAUCUCAGUUCAUUCAUCCGUCAGUCUGUUGUUUUUCUUAUCGUUUUCCCUUUUUGUUGUUAAAUAUUUGUACCUUUUUAAUGUUUGGAAUAAAAAUAAGUUGCCUUUC